AUGUGUAGCAGUAGAAUUGUAGUCCCUGGGGACCUUAUAUCUUCUUUAGAUGUCAAUAAGAAAAGUGGGCCAUCGACGUACUGUUGCUCGGGGAAUAUAUUGUCAAGUGCAUUUGGAUAUGUCAAGGAGGAAUCACAUACGGACGGAUCAAAAACAUUUUCAGUUGUGCCGUUGAAAACUUCUGGCAUAGUUCCUUACACUGGGUCAAUUGUAUUGGCCAAAGUUUCUAGUAUUACACGAAGAUUUGUUCGCUGCGAUAUCGUCGCGAUUGGAGAAGUUUACCUUGCUGGACCAUUCAAAGGUCUCAUAAGACGUGAGGAUAUUCGUGCUACGCAACGCGAUCAAGCAGAACCAGGCUGCUGUUUUAGACCAGGUGAUAUUGUUCGAGCUCGUGUUAUUAAUCUCUUGGGUCCUGGAACAUAUACCAACACUGGUUCCUUUAUAUCAAGCACUUCACCACAGACGUUAUCCACUUUGUUAACUACUCAGGCUAUAUCUUGUUCAGUGGCCGCCACCAACGAUGCAAACAUAAGUGGCUCCAAUUCUGUUUGUCUUCUAUCUACUGCUGAGCCUGAUUUAGGCGUGGUCCUUGGUCUUGGAAGGUCUCCUGAUAACAGCUUUCUCGAACUUCUUGGUAGUACAAGUGGCUCUCCCCUUGUUCCUGUUGGAUGGACUGAGAUGCUAUGUCCUCACACACUUACUAGAUCUUGUUUACAGGCCGGAGUUCGAACCACGGAACUAGCCGCAAUCCUCUGUGCUACCUUUGAAAAUGUCCAGGGGACUGUGAUCGCCUAUCAGUAUCCACACAACUAUGUAUCCCCGACCCAAUUUAAGGAGAUUGGCAACGCUGUUAUCCCACGAGCUGAAUUAGCUUUUCGGUUAGUGACAAUAGAGGCUUUUAGACACUAUGUGAUUGGCUGCUUGCAACGCAUUGAAGGUGUCCAGUAUAAGAGAAAUACAUUGCAGUUCAAUAUAUGUCUUGUCAUUAAGCCGAAAGCAACUGCUAAUCGGGAUGAUAUAUCACACUGGCAGUUCUGGGACGAUUAUUCAGCCGGCGGUUUGAGACCUAACGUACAAGCAGCUUACGAGGCAUUAACACUAAAGAUUAAUAGAUAUUUUUAUGCUUUAGAAGAACAAUGUGGAUUUCUGUCUCGUUCAUUAGGACACCAUGAAGGUGUAGAAAAGUGCGUAAAAUUACUCCGCCUUAAAUCAAUAUACAAACAAUUACAUGAAUCCGGAAUGUGUAUUCUUUCGUUUCCCAAUAGUGGCUCUUUAUACUUACGGUUUAGUCCUAGACAGGAUCACGGGUCUUAUAGCAAUUUGUCAUUCGAUAUGUUUGAACUGGUGUCUGAGGCGAUUCUAAAAGAUAAUAAUGUUGAUGAUAAUGAUUGGGGAUUAGAAUUUGGUCAAAAAAUCCGACAGUUCAAUCUUCACCAUAAUAAUCAAGUUUUUUUUCCUAAUUUCAAUCCUCAAAGUGAAUCAGAGAUUACGGAUAAUUGUGUGUUUGUUUUAAUCGCUUCUCCAACUUAUCAUCGUCAAUCUAAAAUGGGUUACAAUUUGAAUGGUGGUUGGAGACCAUUGGAUGCUGUGGCUCAACGUGUUUUACCUUAUAUCAACGGUAGACGACGUUUAAUUGAAUUGGCUCAGUUAGCUCAAUUGGAUGUGGCUAUAGCUCGUCUAUGUUUAAUUGAGCUUGCUCGAUUAGGAUUAGUUCGUGCCUUACCAUAUCCUACAUUUAUAAUGCAACUUCUUCAAGCUGAUAAAUUUUCCAAUUCAACACUUAUUCCUGGAUGGUUAGGUUUACCACGACUGGCCACUCUACUUGCAGACUCCUCUCUUAGCAAAAUGUGCUUGGAAACUGUGAUAGUGUUUAAUUCAAAUCGUCAUAAACUACAAAGUUUAUGCAUUCACGAUAUUUUCCGUCUGUAUACAAUCCUUUGUGGUUCAUCCAAUUUUAGUUUAUCAUAUUUAGUUUCAGCCAAUCCACAUAUUCGAUUUAUUGAAUGUUCAUCUUAUAUGAACUCAUCAUCUACAUCAUCGUAUCAUUCUCUUCCUUUUGUAAGAUCAUCAAAACUUUGUAAUUGUCAUACAUCUUAUCAAACACAUCAUCACUGUAAAAUUAGUUUAUUAAGUCUUGUACAAUUUGGUGAAGUAAAUGGUUUAAUAAGACGAAUUCAAUGUUAUCCUAUAAGCGAUAAACUAGAAUUAUCUACUGAACAACAAAUUAAAUAUCGGAUGUCAUCAAAAGAAACAAUUCCUGCAAUAAUGACAACAACUACGACAACUGUUACCACAACCAGUAGCACGAGUUCCAAUACAAAUAUGCAACAACAAUUAAUACAAUUUCAAACUAAAAAUUCUUCAUCUGUAUUACGACACAAUUCACGUAAACUUACUAAAAAACCACAAAUAAUUAAUGAACAAACAUGGUCUAUUUCAAAAUCCCUACUAAUGGAUGGUCAGCAUAGUUUAGAUUCAAUCAUUACAUUUUUAUUAACAAACAAUGGUAAUACAACAAAAUAUUCUUCAUCUGGUUAUAAAGUACCAGAAUAUAUUAGUGACUUAUUAAAUUUAUAUCGUUUUGAUGAAGAAUGUCUUACUAGACAAAUAUCUUAUUGUGAUCGUGAUUUAUCUUCGUUUAAUAGAACUAAAACUUCUAGUAGUUUCAGUUUUAGUCCUGAUGAAACUAAUUUUACCAUUCAUAACAAUAAUAGUCAAACUGUUGAAGAAGUUAUUGUACAUGAUCGAAUAUGGUCUAAGCCAGAAAAUAAUAUGACAACAUUUGUAGAACCAUUAAAUUUGGAUAAGAUUAACUUUAUAUUACCGGAUCUUUAUUGGAUGUGGCGUUGA